AAAAGAAAUUAAAGUCUCAAAAUUUAAUUAUUCUGACCUUUUUCUCAAGCAAACUAUUUACACAAAAACAUCCAAAAAUUUAUUGAAUCAAUCGAUCCUCAAAACCCAGAAAUCAUGCUUAAAGUGAGUAUAAAAUGGCAAAAAAAGGUGUUUCCGAGUGUGGAGAUCGACUUAAGUCAGCCUCCGUAUGUUUUCAAGUGUCAAUUGUUCGACCUAACUGGAGUUCCCCCGGAGAGACAAAAGAUUAUGGUUAAGGGUGGUUUGUUGAAGGACGAUGCUGAUUGGGCAGCAGUAGGAGUGAAGGAGGGUCAAAAAUUGAUGAUGAUGGGAACUGCAGAUGAGAUUGUGAAAGCCCCAGAGAAGAGCCCUGUUUUCAUGGAAGAUCUUCCUGAAGAAGAACAAGUUGGUGUUGUGGGUCAUACUGCUGGCCUUUUUAAUCUUGGAAACACCUGUUACAUGAACUCCACGGUACAAUGUUUGCAUUCUGUUCCAGAGUUGAAGUCGGCUUUAGUAAAGUAUCCAUCUGACAAAAGAAAUGACGUGGAUCAGACAUCUCAUAUGUUGACAGCUGCAACUCGCGAAUUGUUUAAUGAACUUGAUAAAAGUGUCAAGGCUGUUGCACCUAUGCAGUUUUGGAUGGUGUUCCGCAAAAAGUUUCCGCAGUUUGGCCAGUUGCAUAAUGGUGUUUUCAUGCAGCAGGAUGCUGAGGAAUGUUGGACGCAGCUUUUGUACACUCUUUCACAAUCUUUAAGGCCACCAAGUCCCAGUGAAAAUCCAGAUACAGUGAAGGAACUUUUUGGUAUUGAUUUUGUAAGCAGGAUUCAUUGCCAAGAAAGUGGCGAAGAGAGUUCAGAGACAGAAUCAGUUUAUUCUCUCAAGUGCCACAUAUCACAGGAGGUGAACCACUUGCAUGAAGGAUUAAAGCAUGGUUUGAAAUCUGAGUUGGAGAAAGCAUCUCCUUCUCUAGGACGUAGUGCAAUUUACUUGAAAGAAUCUCGUAUCAAUGCUUUGCCCAAGUACUUGACUGUUCAAUUUGUUCGUUUUUUCUGGAAGAGAGAAUCAAAUCAGAAAGCCAAGAUUUUGAGGAAAGUGGAUUAUCCAUUAGAGCUGGAUGUCUAUGAUUUAUGUUCAGAUGAUCUUCGCAAGAAAUUGGAAGCACCUCGCCAGAUUUUGAGAGAUGAGGAGGGUAAAAAAGUGGGCUUGAAAGCAAAGGAGAAGACCUCUAUUCCAAAAGACAACGAUGUCAAGAUGACAGAUGCAGAGGGAUCAUCCAAUGGAAGCGGGGAAUCUUCAAAUGCUACCUCUGAAGCAGGUGGAUCUUUGAGUAAAGAAUCAAGUUUAACCGGAAUAUAUGAUUUGGUUGCUGUGCUGACCCAUAAGGGCAGGAGUGCUGAUUCAGGUCAUUAUGUUGCAUGGGUCAAGCAAGAAAGCGGGAAAUGGAUCGAGUACGAUGAUGACAACCCUAUUCCACAGCGCGAGGAAGAUAUAACUAAACUAUCCGGAGGAGGUGACUGGCAUAUGGCGUAUAUAUGUAUGUAUAAGGCACGUGUUCUCCCGAUGUAGUCUUGAUUAUUCUGAUUAUUUACUUGUUGCUUUAUAUUCAAGUGACAAAAGGGAUAUAUUCUGUAGAUUCAGAUUAUGAAAUAGGCAAAUGGUUAUCACUGAGUGUUCUGUUGUUGUACUUCAGAAAUUUUAGCGUUUGUGUUAUGAAUUUUUAGCUUCAGUGAUUGGAUUUGAUAUUCUAAUAAUAUAUCAUUGCUUUGAGUUA